GGCCCUGGGACCAGCUGUGUGCCUGCACUCUGUGCAUGGUUACACAGCAUGUCGGCCACAGAGAUGAGAAAAUUUGGGCCUGAUCUAUGAAAAAUUCCCUGUACUUUCAAAACAGACCUUGCCAGGUUAGAACAGUGGUGCUGCUUGUUAGAUCUCUUGUUUUGGGUAAGUAAACCCAAAAAAUGAACCAAACUGUAGCCCUUCGGCUCCUUUUCUUGGACUUCCAGGAGAAGUCUGGCAGGACCACACACAGACCACCACAAUCAGCUGUCCUGCUGUGCAUGGGAUUAACACAGAUUGAAGAUAACAAAAAACUAAAGAGAAAAUGGUUGGUGCUCCCAGGGAAACUGAAAAACAGGAAAACAUCAGUGGAGUUUCCCUAUGAUCUGUUUGGAGAUUAGUGAUAUCCUUUAUGUUUUAAUGACUUGGGUAUAAAAGUAGAAUUGUCCUAAUUACACUUUUCAUCUGUUCUCUGCUGUGCAGAAGCCAGUGACAAAAGGGCAAGACUGGAAGAAUUCAGUGCCAUGUGUUUGUAUUCUGUGAUCUUUGAUUAGAUAAGGUUCUUUAUUUCUGAGGGAGAAGUGGCCAUGGUCUGUCUGGUGCUCUCCUCCACCAGUGUGAUCUGGGGGACCUUUGCCAGCCCUGACUCUGGUGCUGGGGGCUCUCCAGAGGGGCAGCACCUCCCACGGGAAAGCAGAAGGUGAGCAGCAGGAGCAGCUCUGCCCCGAGCCCUGGCACUGCUGGGGAGUGUCCUCAGGCGGGCCAUGCCAUGGAGUGUCCCUGUGCCUUCUGCUGGUCCCGGGCAAAUGGGAAGUGAUGCCACAAAGUGCCACAGUGCAGAAAGUGACCCACUGCCAAUGAAGCCUGGAAAACUGCUAGAGGCGAAGGAUUAAUAGAGAGUCAGGUAGGGCAAGAUGCUGGCAUGGCAACCCGUUCACCUGGAGUUCCUCAUCUCUCCUGCUGCAUUUCCUGGUUAUUGUGAUGUUAAUUGUGCAACUUCCACCCCAAAUGAAUGCAGGCUUUUGUACUUUUAGCACCAGAGGCCUUUCAAAGGAAAACGGAGGGGACUUGAGAUGAAUGAAAGAGACACUGAGGUUACAAGUUGGUGGCAAACCUGGAGGUUCCUGUGAACGGUGCAGCAGAAAGCUACAGCUGCGGAGCUAAAAUGGAAUAAAUGUCAGCCUGCAGGGAAAAGUACCAUCCUGUGGGAAAGUAGACAGCCAAAGGACAGCACAGGAGCAGGUUUCAGACCUGAGGAAGCAGAGAGCGAGCAGCAGCACCCUGAGCUUACAGCCAGUGGGCAGAGCCAGGCAGUCACCUCCCUGCAGCCGCAGGUCCGUGCACAGAGCUGCCAGAGAUGCAGCGUCAGAGGCAGCUCCCACCGAUGCCAGCAGAGACCAGCGGGAUCUGAGCUGCCGCUCCACUGAGCUCGGACCAGGUGGGACGCAGGGCAAAGCUGCAAGAGCCAGAAAGGACGUUUGAGGAGGCUUUGAGUGCAUGGUCUGCUGGACUGGAAAGAUAAUGGAGAGCACGGGAGGGCCGUAUCUGAACACAGCUGCGCUGACUUCCCCUGUAGGAAUCGCUCGAUUGCUGCAGAUGACCUUCGGAUGCACCACAUUCAGCCUGGUUGCCCACCAAGGGGGGUUCAGUGCUGCCUACGGCACCUUCUGCAUGUUUGUGUGGACCUUCUGCUUUGCCAUCACUGUGUUCAUCAUCACCUGUGAGUUCACACACCUGCACAGCUGCCUGAGCCUCUCCUGGGGAAACUUCACCGCUGCCUUUGCCAUGCUUGCCACACUCAUGUCCAUCACGGCUGCAGUGAUCUACCCGCUCUACUUCGUCCAGGUGGGCUGUUACCCCAUCGGCUGCGAGGUGAGGGAUUUCCGCAUCGCAGCCAGCGUCUUCGCGGGCCUCCUGUUUGUCACCUAUGCCACUGAGGUGUUCUUAACCAGGGCAAAGCCAGGACAAGUCACCAGCUACAUGGCAACUAUCUCCGGGCUCCUGAAAAUCGUUCAGGCCUUCGUGGCCUGCAUCAUCUUUGGGGCGCUGGUGAAUGACAGCCAAUAUGGUAAAUACGUGGCGACGCAGUGGUGUGUGGCUGUCUACAGCUUUUGCUUUGUGGUGACAGUGGUGGUAGUGGCCUUCAGUGUCACAGGUAAGACUGCAUUGCUGUGGUUCCCUUUUGAGCGUUCUGUGGUCAUCUACACCUUUGGGGCUGUGCUGCUCUACACGAGUGCUGCGGUCAUCUGGCCAGUGUUCUGCUUUGACAGCAAGUACGGCUCCCCACGACGCCCUGGCCUCUGUGCCAAGGGCAAGUGCCCCUGGGACAGCCAGCUGGUGAUUGCCAUCUUCACCUAUGUCAACCUGCUGCUCUAUGUCUUGGACCUGGCGUACUCGCAGCGCAUCCGCUUUGUCUCACACCUCUGAAUUGUGGGUUGGCCACUG